GAGAGCGAAGGUUGGGUUGCCUUUAUGAAGCGCACAGAGUGAGAGGGUGACAGACAGAGAAAGAGCAACUGAACGUGAAGUGAGAGGUUUCCCAGCGCUCAAGCUUGCAACGAGAGGAGAAUUUUUAUUCUUGUUCUUUGUGGUUUCCACCUUGGGAAAAGUAACAUACCAUAACACAGAUUGACUAUGGCAGCGGCUAUUGAGACUACUGGUUUCUUGAUGGGGUUGGCAGGGUGGAUGCUGACUGGAUCCACAUUAGCGAACAAUUACUGGAAGAUUUCUACUGUUUUUGGAAGUGUGAUCACAAGCUCCAGGUUAUAUGAGAAUUUGUGGAAAAGCUGUGCCCAAGAUAGUACUGGUGUCUUCAACUGCCGAAUGUUUGAGACCAUGCUUGGUCUAUCCUCAUAUAUCCAAGCAUGUCGGGCACUCAUGAUCAUCUCUAUCAUUCUGGGAGUUAUCGCUACGCUGGUGGCCCUGUUUGGCCUGAAAUGUACCAAUAUUGGCAGCAUGGAUGAAAAAGCAAAAGGGAAGAUUUCCCUUUCUGGUGGGCUUGUCUUCAUUCUAUCAGGUUUAUGUGCGAUUAUUCCUGUUUCUUGGUAUGCUUACAACAUCACUAUGGAGUUCUACAAUCCUGUCUAUGGUGGAACAAACCAUGCUGUGACUGCACUUCCUACAAGAGCUCGAUCUCCUCUUUCGCACGCUUUCCCUGCGCUGGCUCGGUCUCCCCUGCUCUCAUCGUCACUGCAGAUGUCAGGAGAACCUCCAUCGCCAAGUUGGGCUCACUCCUGGGAUCUCAGAUCCGCCAAAGCCCUGAUCCAGGCAGUAUCUGCGCCAGGUCUCGCCUUGGUCCACGCGUCGGUCCUCGGCCUUGACUUCAGUCUGCGCACCAGGCAUCGGGAAUUCACCCAGAGUCCUGGGUCAGGCACCUAG